CGCUUCGUCAGAACGUCAUGUAUAUGUCGAAAAACAGUUUACGAUGUAAUAAAUAAAGAGUUUCAAACGCGCAGAGCUGUGCUCCGUCAGGCCAACGACGCGUCGCCCGACCGCACCGCGCUCGCCACGCUGGAGGCGCUACGCCGUCACUCGCGGCAGAUCGCCGCGCGCCGCGUCCGCCGUGUGCAGUUCACAGAGCGAGCAAGAGAUGGCGCUCGCGGCGAUGGUGCUGAGAGCGGUGGCUCCGAGAUGUCCGGCGGCAGUGGUGGUGCUGGUGACGGCGAAAGGCGGCCCUCAACCUGUCGCGUUGAGUUGGGCGCGCUGCUGGCACCUGAGCCUCGUCCGCUCGAUAACAAGGUUAAGCGACACAGCAUACAUGGCAUGACAGAGGAAGAAAAUGUGGUCCGACCACAUCAAGAGAUGGCAGUUCUGUCUCUCGAGGAGAAGAAAUAUCUGCUUGGAGUAGAACGGGGUGACGUUGCGGGAACUCGACGUGUACUGCAGCGGGCGCGAGACACCGGUCAUAUCAACGUGGAUUGUGUGGACCCGCUCGGGCGGAGCGCGCUUCUUAUGGCCAUCGACAACGAGAAUCUUGAGAUGGUUGAGUUGUUACUCGAAUUUGGUGUGGAGACGCGAGAUGCAUUGUUGCACGCCAUAUCUGAGGAGUUUGUGGAAGCGGUGGAAGCACUUUUAGACCACGAAGAACGAACGCGGAAGCCGGGAGAAUUACACAGCUGGGAGGCGCUACCACCCGAGACGGCUACGUUUACAUCUGACAUAACCCCCUUAAUCCUAGCUGCACACCGAGACAGCUACGAGAUCAUUAAGCUGCUGUUAGACCGCGGCGCGGCGCUGCCAGUGCCGCACGACGUACGCUGCGGCUGUGAUGAGUGCGUGUGCUCGCGCCGGGAGGAUUCGCUACGACACUCGCGCUCGCGGAUCAACGCCUACCGCGCGCUCGCCUCGCCCUCGCUCAUCGCUCUUUCAUCGAAAGAUCCAAUCUUGACGGCUUUCGAACUUUCAUGGGAGCUCCGACGUCUGUCGGCCUUAGAACACGAGUUUAAGACGGAGUACCAGGAACUACGCGUUCAAUGUCAGGAGUUUGCUACCGCGCUGCUUGAUCACACGCGUACUUCGCAUGAGUUGCAAGUGUUGCUUAACCACGAGACGGGGUCACCUCAAGCACCACUUACCGAGCCUGGGGCACCUGAGAGAAUGAGAUUGUCUCGCCUUAAACUUGCCAUUAAACUGCGUCAGAAAAAGUUCGUAGCUCAUCCCAAUGUGCAACAAUUAUUGGCCUCUAUCUGGUACGAGAGCGUCCCGGGAUUUCGUCGCAAGAAUAUGUUACUUCAGGCCGCGGAGAUGGUGCGGAUCGGUGCCAUGUUCCCGCUUUACUCUCUUGCUUACAUCGCAGCACCUCAUUCAACAGCUGGAAGGACACUGCGGAAGCCCUUCAUCAAAUUCUUGUGCCACUCGGCUAGCUACUUUAUGUUUCUCUUCUUGCUGAUCCUGGCGUCACAGCGCAUCGAGACCGCGGCGGGUGGUAUGCUAUGGGGCGCGCCGCACGGAGCCCCGCUGUCUCGUCGCGGGGCGCCGCCCUCAUUGGUGGAGUGGCUUAUCCUGGCUUGGGUCAGCGGUUUGAUUUGGAGCGAGGUAAAGCAGCUCUGGGACAUGGGGCUUCGCGAGUAUGUACAUGACAUGUGGAACGUGAUCGAUUUCGUCACCAACUCAUUAUAUGUGGCUACGGUUGCGCUACGCGUGGUCUCACACUUUCAGGUUCGUCGUGAAAUGUCGAUGGGACUUCAAUGGAACCAACCGAGGGAAAAGUGGGACGCUUGGGACCCUAUGUUACUAUCCGAGGGUCUCUUUUCUGCUGCAAACAUUUUUAGCAGUUUGAAGCUCGUUUAUAUCUUUAGUGUCAAUCCUCACUUGGGACCGCUGCAGGUGUCUCUAAGCCGCAUGGUUUUAGACAUACUAAAGUUCUUUGUCUUAGACAUACUCGUCAUAUUUGCUUUUUCUUGCGGUCUCAACCAGCUGUUAUGGUAUUACGCUGAUAUGGAAAAGAAAAAAUGUAAUGUUGGAGCCUCCCUCACCGCCGCCAAUGGCACGCUGCCAGACCCCGACGCUUGCAUCGUCUGGCGACGCUUUGCAAAUCUCUUCGAAACAAUGCAGACUUUGUUCUGGGCGGCUUUCGGCCUUGUGGAUCUGGACUCCUUUGAGCUCGAUGGAAUCAAGAUUUUUACUCGCUUCUGGGGAAUGCUUAUGUUCGGCACUUACGCCGUCAUUAAUGUCAUCGUGCUGCUCAAUCUACUCAUAGCUAUGAUGAACCACUCGUAUCAACUAAUAUCAGAACGCGCAGACGUAGAAUGGAAGUUCGCGCGCAGUAAGCUGUGGAUCAGUUACUUCGAGGAGGGUGGCACAGCACCGCCGCCCUUCAACGUAGUGCCGUCACCCAAGUCUGCACUGUUUGCGUGGCGCUGGCUGCAACGACGGCUGUGCGGACACGCGCGCGCCAAGCGCGAACACAUGCGCACCAUCCGGAGGAAAGCGAAGCAGGCGAACGAGCGAGACUUCCGAUAUCAGGCAAUAAUGCGCAACCUGGUGCGUCGCUACGUAACGGUGCAGCAGCGACGCGCGGAGUGCGGCGGCGUCACGGAGGACGACGUGAAUGAGAUCAAGCAGGACGUGAGCGCCUUCCGUUGCGAGUUGGUUGAGAUCCUGCGCAACUCUGGCAUGAACACGUCCACCGCCAACGCCGGAGCUCCUGGUGGUGGCGGUGGCAAGAAGAAUCGUCAGAAGGAGCGACGCCUAAUGAAGGGCUUCAACAUUGCGCCGGGUGGGUCACUGGCACCCGUGGACGAGUUCCUGGCGUCGCUGCACCACGAACAUGGCGGUGCACAUGGUGCGGCGCACCACGCCUCACUAUCGGCAUUGCUAGGCGGCCGCCUGCGCGCCAGCCAGUCUAGCCUGUCGGAUGGUGGCAGCGGCGCGCUCGGGCCGCGACGUAAGCCCACCUCACACAAGCGGCGCUGGGGCACCAUCAUCGAAGCCGCACGCGCCGCCCGCGUCUCUAAGCUCAUCGGCCGCUCGCGCUCCGAGGACUCCGUCUGCGACCAUGCUCGUCCUUCGCCUAGCGGUAGCGAACGAUCGGAUUCCGGCAGUGACUCACAGCGUAGUCCUGAACGAGUCACGCGUAGCGGACCACUGCAUCCUUUGUCGGCUCUUGCAGCACUUAAACGAAAGCGCAAAAAAUUUUCGGACUCGCGCCGUGCGGCAGAAGGAGCUCGUUCGUCGGCAGGGGUGGCGGAGGCAUUGCAGCGCGCCAGCUCUGUUCCUGCGCGGGCUCCGCCCGUUGCGCCACCACGUGCUUCUCGCCCGCCACCAGCUUCCAUUUCGCCCUCAACGACGGCCGAGAGUGUGCCUGGCAAAGGUGGUAGUCGGGAACCGUUGUUAGCAAGUCUUGACGAUGACGCGCAUAAGGAGGCGUGCGGGCAGUGCGGGUACGCGGCUGCUAUCGAGGCGCCGCCCGCAAGUGCGGACGCAGACGCGGACGAGGCGUGCGGGCGCUGCGCGUCGUUGGCGCGGUUGGCGGGCGUCACACCUCUUCACGGACACGUGCCGCAUCACUCGGCCGGCUGGCUCUAGCGAGUCGAACUAUCAUCGAUGAGAACAUGGUGGAGAAUUUAGGAUGUUAGGAUGACCGAUGAUAAAAAUUAAAUUAUUCCUCAUAUAUUUUAAUGACCGACUUUAUACUCUAUGUAUAUCAUGCGGAAAAAGUUCCAUGAAAUAAUGAUUUUAAGAAUGUUAUCGAUAAUGAUGAUUUGUAUAAAAUAAAUAUUCAUUCGCAAAUGCAUAAAAAUAUGCACGCUAGUAGUCGCCGUACAAACGAGUAUUUAUCAAAGAACUACGUACAUAUGAGUUAGUCGUUAGGUAGUUUAGUCGAUAUUUUCCUAUUAUUAUAAUAGUUAAGUAGUUAAAAACUGUGACUAUUUAUAGAACACCAAUUAGUUAAGUAGAUGCAAACUAAGGUUAAUAAUAGUUUUAUGAUAAGGCCUAACUAUUUUAUAUACCUACGACUUAUAAUAUGUAUAUUAAAAUAAAUUAUUAAUCAAAUAGAUAUUAAUAUUAAAUAUACGAUACAAUAAUGUGUUCCAGAAUGUUUUCCAGUUAUUAGUUACUUGGUCCGCGCCCACGGAAACAUAAUAGUAAUACUUAGGACUAAGGUCGAACAAGAAGAAACAGGGAAUUUAUGUGAAACAUGUUGUCCAAUUUACUGAAACUGCAUUAUAUUUUCUGUUAAUAAGAAAUGAGCUUCGUGCACAUUGGUUCGUAUGAGAUCAACGAGGGCUAUGACCUUAUUUCACCGUAUCUCUAUGUUUAAGGAAAUCAGAUUUAGUCAACACCAUUUACAAAGUUAUUCAAAAUUGAGGUGAAUUCUUUGAAAUUCGACGUCAAUGGAAGUGACCGAUGUUGGAUAGUUUUGACAUGUCCACUCUGCAUGCACUAAAUAGCAAUAGGUGCCCGAUACUUGGUUUAACGAACACUCGCAUUUAAUCGAAACAUUUUGAAAUAUUUUAUAAAUAGAAUACAUAAAUGUAAUUCUAAUGGGUAGUUUAGUUUGAAUAGCUUGAUCUUUGGUGUACUUGGCAACAGCUAUUAGUUUAUAUAAUCAUUGGCAUUUCACCUAGCGCCUCUGCUCAGUAACAAAUUGAAAAUUGUUUUCCUUUUUUGGAGUUCUGAAAUGAUACAGCUGAAAUGUAGCCGUUCCUUGGUCAUGUAUAAUUUGACUAAUGGUUUUCUUAUACGUUUAAGUGUUUUCGGUGUCGACGCUUUAUAAUGCUACUUUUCGAUUGACGCCAUCUGUAGAUUCGGGAUCUUUAAAAGAUUUCCGACAUAAGUUACACGGUAGAUAGUACUUUCUUAAUUUAUUUUUAAAUUUACCAUGAUGUGAUGUGAUUUAAAAAUCGUUGUUUACUUAUAAAAAUUGCCUUGGGUAUGAUAAACAGUACGAAGCAAGAAGCCUUCUUUUUUACGUCAUAGAUUUUUGUUAAAGCCAUUUUGUAUUUAUCUACAAAUAAAACAGCUAUCUAGAGUGAAUUUUGUUUGGAAGUCUUCAUCCAUUCAUUUAUAUGUAUAUACUUUUAUAUUUUACUAAGCAAAACGCUGUUGUUAGAUAUACCAGUUCAUAGGUACUAAUACACAAUACUUAGUAGUGUUAGGGAGGGAUAAACGACGCAUAUGAUGCGAUUUUUGAGUGCGUGCUGUUGUAUGAGAUUGCGCACCUUCUGCCUCCCCCGGCCAAGCUCUAUCUGUUUAAACGUUCUGAAAUGAAUCAUUAUCAUAAUCAAUGAAUACCUACUUUGUACCGAUCAUGUAGUAAGUUUACAAACUUUUACUUUUACUAAGAGAACUAAGAACCUAUGUUAGUUGAUAGUCCGCCAGUUUUGGGGGGUUGAGGAGGUGCAUCUUAAUUAUAAUUUACUUAAUUAUCGUUGGGUAUGUGUACUUGUAUCUCGAGUAGGAUCACCGGAGGCCUUCACGUGUUUAGUUGUUUGCGGUGCGAUACACGCGCAGCUACAUAAACGAUUUAUAUUUUAUAAAGAGUUGUUGUUUAUUUAUACAUUAUAUUUGUAUAUAACGGUGCGAAGUUUAAUAAAAUAAGCACUACAUG